CGUUUACUCGCGAAUCUUCUCGCAAAUUUUUGUUUUGUUGUAUAUAAAUAUUUUUCCUGUCGUCUGUCGUCCGUGCAAACGUUCUAAAAAUUUGAAUUUCUGGACGAUCGCGUUUUGGAAAAAUGAAUCCACCGUUGACACCGUCCGUUGCUUUCUCUGAAGAUCUGUUGAUUUUCCGCGAGCUUGAAAAAGAGACGUUGAAAAUCGACCGCUCCAUUCUGCAACAGAAUGAAAAUUUGAAAAGGUUAGCCAAGACUAAAGAGAGAUUCGCUGCUAAAUUGGAGAAAGAGACCGUGAAAUUUGCCCAUUUGGAUACCCAGCUGAAGAACACCCUGGCGACCAACAAGUCCGUCAAGGACAAUCUGAAAGGCAAAAGGCAGUCGAGGCAGAUGCUGGAGGUACUGGUUGCCAAUUUGGAGAGGCAGCUGCAUUUGGAGAAAAAUGACAUGGAUAACAAAGUGAAAGGGUUCGAGCAGACGAAGAAGAAGUACGAGGACAUGUGGAAAAACUACGAAGUUGUCUACAAGAGCAUGCCUCAUGUGAAGGAUAAACUGAAAGCUGAAGAAGACCUGCGAGCCAUCGAGGCACUGAUUGAGAAGACUGCUAGGAAGAAUGAUAAGCUGGAUCAGAAAAUCAAAUCUCGUGAACAGCUUGCAGAUGACCAUUGGAGGAAAGUAGUUUUGCAGCUUGCAAAACACCACAAAAUUCAACGUUUGGCUGCCGAAAAGAUGGAGCUGAUCAGGUUGAAGGACAAAAUCAGGGAUGAAAUUCAAAUGAUGGAGAUUGAAAUUGAAAAAUAUGAAAUAAAAUUGAAAAAGGAUGAAACUAAGGAGAAAAGCAGUCAGUUCAAACUGAAGGGGUUGAUGGAAUCUCUUGCUAAGAAACCGGAACAAAUUCAGAUGUCUGAUGAAGUGCUCAUCGAAGAAUCUCAGGAAUAUCUAGAUGAGGAAGACCUAGAUGAUAUUGAUGAUAUGAGUGAUGAAAGCACUGAUUACGAUGAUUUGGAAAACAUCGUCAAUUUUGAGCAGGAAUUAGAGAUGGCUGACUUUGAAACUAGCAGCCCUAAAGUCACCAAGAAGUCCCCCAGCGCUGAAUUCAACAAUUUCAAAGUCCCAAAUUCAGUGCCAGCUGCCAUUGCUCCUACCCCUGUCAGGGAAGUUAUAUCUGAAGUUGUGUCUGAUGCUCCAACAACUGUGGAAAAUACCAAAGCUGCUCCAGAAUCCGAGCAGCGUCAAGAAGUGAUGCAAAUUGUUGAGGUUCCGAUGGAGAAAGUUGUACCUGUUGAGGAAAUAACUGAAGCCCCUGUUGCUACCAAUAAUCAGAUUACAAAGGAGCCAUUGGUUGCGCCGCCACCAAAUGAGGAGCCAUUGGUUGCGCCGCCUUCAAAUGAGGAGCCAUUGGUUGCGCCGCCACUAAAUGAGGAGCCGUCGACUGGCCUCUUUCCAUCUGACGUUGAGAUGACGGACGAAGUGAGCAGCCAGGUUACAGAAGCUCCUCAAGAUUUACAAAACGAGCAGCAGUCACUUGAGACAAUUGCUCCUGUAGUUGACGAUCUGCAGCUUCCUGAGGGUAUGCAUGAUAAGAAUUUAGAGCAGCAGACUCAGGACGAGCAGCUUUCGCAGGGCACAGAAAGCACAACUGACUCAGUCAUGAACUUGAUGGAUGACGAGAAGCGCAUGGAAUUCAUGAAACGCUUAAUGGCUACUCCUUCAGUACCAUUGGGAGAAGAGGACCCUACUGGAGUUGAAACUCAAUCAAGAAGUCUAAAAUCAAGUGGAACUUCUGACAAUGGAUACUUGCAGAAUUUCUUGAGUUUGUUGAAUGGGGACAAGAAUGCUGAAGCCUCAAGUGCUGCAACCCCAUCCAUUCCAGAAAAUCCUGCUCCGCAGCUGCAAGCGCCAGAACCAGUGCCCCUUGCCAAUAAGAAUGAUGAUGUUUUCCUCCGCCCUCCACCACCUCCUCCAAACCCAGCAGCUUUUGGUUCAUUUGGAAGUUUCUUUGAGUCGUCUGCUGGUGCCAGUGGAAUGUUUGCUGAUGCCUUCGGUGGCAACUCAGUGGACAAAAAUACUCAACCUUCUCAACAGCAAAACUCAGGAUUUGCUUUCAAUUUUGGUGACCAGAGCAGCAGCUCCACCUCAUCCUUCAUGAAUCUGUUUUAAUUUCAAUUACAAAUGGAAACGUAAGUAAGUUUUCAAAUAGGGAAAAUGACCUACCUCUUUAAUUUAUGAAAAUAGCCAUUUAAUAAAGAUAAGUAAAUAGAGAUUGAAUCAUGUUCAAUUUCAU